AGCAACAGGAGUUGGAAACGUCUUGCCUUGGAUCCUUGCUGCGUAACUGCCGCCUCAGAGGCUUCCUUUUUGGAUUUCCAUCAGUGCCAGAUGAACUACUAAGCCAGCCUCAGCCUGUGAACGGGAACAUUGGCAUUUCCACCGUAACCAGCAUUCAGAAUAAUGCCAAGCGGCCCACAGCACUCAGCCCACAGCAGCAGCAACCGGUGUCUCGAUACCCUCCCCGUGAAGUACCACCGCGAUUCCGACACCAAGACCAGAAGUCUCUUUUGAAGCGUGGGCAGCAGAUUCCUGGAAUCGCAGCCAGCCUGGGUUCAGCCACUAAAGUAUUAAAUCAAGAGUCAGAAAGCAGCACUGUCUCGUGUCAGGAGCGCACUGUGACCGAAACGCAGCCAGGCAUGCCUCCCAUUCGGGAUUUGGUCAGCCACUCCCCUAAUCAGCUAGAUCUCAAUCAUGGCAGUCUAGGCUCUCACUAUGAAAGUUCACACUGGGGAUCAGUCUCUUCCAAUGGUGAAUCAGGCACAAACUGGGAAAAAGUCAUUGUAGACGGCACAGACAAAGAGGCGUGGCCAUCAAUCACCGGAAAAAGCUCAGAAUCGGCAUCAAAAUGUAUGGAUAUUGACUCUAAACCAAACUCUGGGCUGGAAAAGGGCCAAGUUGUGCCAUUUGGAGACAACGUAGGAGAAAUGGAUACCAUAAGGAAUGGCAUUGGGCACAGUUCCCAAAGCAAACUUUUGGUCAACAGCAAUAAUGCAGGCAGUGGAAGUAUUAAUGGCCCAUGGGGUGUCACUCAUGGAUCCAUGAUAAGCACAUGUCAGGAUGGCCCCGAUAGCAAUUCAGACAGUAGGCACAACCGGAUUAAUGCUUGGGGCAACGUCGUUGCGUCAAAUGGAGUACUAAAUCCAAGCACUUUGAACAUGAACGGCAACCACGGUGCCUGGCCUGUUUUGGACAGCAAUGGACAUGCCCUUAAAGGGUCUAAUAAUUCUGGCACAAAUGUUCCAAGUAGUACUAUAGGUCAGGUGUCUAACAAUCGGAGUAUUAAUCCUAAAAUGGGCAAUUCUGCCCCGGGCUCCUGGGGAAGCAUACAGGAGAAUGGAGAUUCUGAACACAGUGGUACAAGGAAGGCUUCUUAUAGUGGACAACCUCAAAACCUUAACACUGAAAUGACUGGACCAAAUAACACUACUAACUUUAUGACCUCUAGUUUACCAAACUCUGCUGGUUUAAUGCAGACAAAUGAACUGCCUAACUCUACAGGGCAUGGGGCCUGGAGUGCGAGUAACAUGAAUCAGUCUCCACUUCACACCCCCUCAGUUACAAAUGGCACUUCCAAUCCUCACCUUAGCAAUGGUGAGGAAACAAAUGGCGGAUCAUACGGUACUACGUGGGGUACCUCCGGCUCAAAUUACUCCGGAGAUAAAAGUUCGGUCCCUAAAGGGCAAGCUAAUGGCGACACUGUGAAUGCGACUAUAAUGCAGCCGGGUAUGAACGGGCCCAAUGGCCCAAACUAUAAAAUCAACGGGAAUAAAGGAGGAUUAUGGGAGUCGGGGACUGUAAACUCCCAAAAUAUGCAUUGGGGAAGCGGAAAUGGAGGGACAGGUGGAAAUCACAGAGGAUGGGGAAACCCAGCACAAAACACUGGCACUAAUAGUUCAAAUGUAGAUUGGAACAAACCUAAUAAUCAGCAUUCCAAUGACGGAGAGAAUGCAGAAAAUGGCAGAAAGGCAUCAAACACCUGGAAAUCUGCCGAGAAAGAAAACACGGGGCAAAAUUCAACAGGGUUAAGGGUCAACGAGACAAGUAAUGUAUGGGCCAAAAGUACAGGUACGGGGGAAAGCGAAGGUAGCAUAGACAGCACUGGAAGCCAGAGUGAGCAAGACAAUGGGCAGCGGCCUGCAGACAGGAGGAAGAUGGACCAACACACGUUACUCCAAAGUAUUGCAAAUAAAGGUGAUCUUGAUCCUCGGGUCUUGUGCAACUCUGGCUGGGGACAGACUCCAAUUAAACAGAACACUGCCUGGGAAAAAAGCGAAGCUGCUGCGCAACGGGGCGACAGAAAGACUGACAAUGGAACAAAUUCUUGGGGGCCUUCUGUGUCAAAGACUUCUAACUCAGGGGGAUGGGUGGAGAAACCCAACCCUAAUAGCAAUGAUACCUCAUCAGCAUCUGGGUGGGGAGAUCCAAAGCCUGCUACAGGGUGGGGUGAUGCCAAAGGCUCCGUAAGCCAAGGGGAAUGGGGGGAUCAAUUUGCUGCUACUACUGGAACAGUCAAGAGCAAUCAAUCAUGGGGUAAUGGUAAAGAGGACAGGUCUACUUGGAACGAUGCACAAAAGGUCAAACAAGGGUGGGAGGGACACCGUAGCGAUGGUUGGGGAGACAAUUCCAAAAGUAAUCAUUGGGUUGGAGCCAAGUCAGGUCCUGACAAUGAUGGUGACAAAUCUGGGACUGGAUGGGGAGAUAAAAGAUCCAACUCCUGGGGUAGAGAUAAUGCAAACAACUCAUCAGGCUGGAAUGAGCCAUCUAAAGCCAAUUCUAAACAAGGAUGGGCAGAGCCAGCCAAGCCCACCCAGGGAGGAGGAGACUCUUCCAAAUGUGGUCCAGCUGAAAUGGAGAGCGAACACCUUCAAUCAAAUAAUUCAUCAGAAUGGGGCAAAAAGCCAGAGACUGGGUCGUGGGUAGCACCGCCUGCUACCAAUAAACCAUCUGGAUGGUCAGGUGGAUCAAUGUCAACUCCAACAAGGGAAGAAGAGCCAACAGGUUGGGAGGAGCCCUCUCCAGAGUCUAUCCGACGCAAAAUGGAAAUAGAUGAUGGAACUGCAGCCUGGGGUGAUCCCAACCAAUACAAAUACAAGAAUGUGAACAUGUGGGAUAAAAACACCUCUAAUGCCACCACAAGUGGGGCUGAACAGCAAACCCAAGUGCAUCAUGUGCCCCCAACACCAAGUGCCGUGCCAAACAACAAAGAGAGCAGCAGUAACGGCUCUGGAUGGGGUGAGUCUUGGCCAGAGACUCCAGCGCCAGCAGUAGAUAAUGGUACAUCUGCAUGGGGUAAACCUAUGGAAACUGGUGGUGGCUGGAGGGACCAAAAUUCAGAGGCGUCAUCCGGUUGGAACCAAACUCCUAUUGGCCAGCAGGCUCCAGGCAAACCCGGUCCCAAAUCUAUGCAAGAUGGUGGCUGGUGUGGAGAGGAAAUGACCGGGCCUGGAGGCCGCAACUCUGGUUGGGAUGAUGAUGAUGUAGAGAUAGGAAUGUGGAACAGCAAUUCAUCACAGGACAACAAUCAGUCUCUGAACUGGCCGCCAUACAUGAAGAAAAUGCCUUCAAAGGGAAUGAUGAAAAAUGGAAACAAACAAGAAGAGAACUGGAUGAAUCCAUUUGUAAAACAGUUCAACAACCUAGGAUAUUCAAGAGAGUCACCUGACGACCCCUCACAAAGCAAUAAAAUGGAUCUUUCUGGAGGGAUGAUGUCAGACAAGCGUAUGGAUAUGGAAAAAUCAGGCCUUGGUGCAGAUUACAGCAGGGUGGUUGGGAAAGGCCCUGGUCCACGACACUUUUCCAAAGAGUCUUCCAUGGAUCACAAUCCUUACUUCGAUAAGGAUGGCAUUGUAGCAGAAGACACACAAAAUCUGCAAUUUCUUGCCAAUCAGAACAUGAAGCUUCCCCCUCUAAAUAGUGCACUACCUACUCAAUCCCUUGGCUCUUUCACAGGGCUGGCUAUGCCAAAUGUCAGUUCUGUGAGACAGAAUGGCAAUCCCAAUAUGUAUGGUGUUAACAAUGCAGCACAAGCUCGGGGCAAUCAGCCUCAAUCACAAGCACUCAACUCAUCUCAGCCUAAUCUCCGUGCUCAAGUGCCUCCUAAUAUUAUGCCCCCUCAGGUCCCUCCUUUACUGAAGUAUCCGCCUAACAAUGGGGGAAUGAAUCAUCCACUGUUUGGCCCCCAACAAGUAGCCAUGUUGAACCAACUCUCACAACUAAGUCAACUUUCCCAGCUCACUCAGAUCUCUCAGCUGCAACGGUUAUUGGCUCAACAGCAGAAAGUGCAGAAUCAAAGAGGAGGAAUGCCCACAGGGGGGCGCCAGCAGCAGCAGCAGCAGCAGCAGGAACAACAGGCCCGAUCUCUUGGUAUGCAACAGUCCCGCCAGCUUGAUCCCAAUCUCUUGAUGAAGCAAGCUAUGCCUCCUUCUCAGCAACCAAUGCACCACCAGCCUCCUAUGAAGUCCUACCUUGAAAAUGUGAUGCCCCACUCGGCUCCGGAACAUCCCAAAGUCCCAUCACCCAUCAACACUUUCAAUGGCUUCCCAUUAGGCUUAAACUCAAAUGUAAAUAUGGAACUUGGGGGCAUGAAAGAACCACAGUCCCGUCUGAGGAAAUGGACUACAGUUGACAGCAUGUCUCCUAAUACUUCACUGGACCAGAACUCCAGUAAACAUGGUGCUAUUUCUAGUGGCUUUAGGCUUGAAGAUUCUCCAUUUGGUUCUUAUGAAUACAUGAACAGCAGUAAUUCUCCAUCCAGCCCUCCAGGAUCUAUAGGGGAUGGCUGGCCCAGUGCCAAAUCGCCAAAUGGCUCCAGCAGUGUCAGCUGGCCACCGGAAUUUCGCCCUGGUGAGCCAUGGAAAGGAUAUCCAAACAUUGACCCAGAAACUGACCCUUAUGUCACUCCUGGCAGUGUCAUCAAUAAUAUGUCAAUUAAUACUGUGCGGGGUGUGGACCACCUCAGGGACAGAAAUAGUGGGUCAUCCUCAUCUAUUAACACCACGCUGCCUUCAAAUAGUGCCUGGUCAUCCAUUCGUGCCUCCAAUGCCUACAAUGUCUCCCACAGCAGUACCGCACAAAGCACUUCAGUUCGAAACAGUGAUCCUAAACCUUCUUGGUCUCCUGGUUCCGUCAAUAACACAUCCUUGGCUCAUGAGCUGUGGAAAGUCCCUCUGCCAUCUAAAAAUAUCAGUGCUCCGUCCAGACCUCCCCCGGGGCUUACCGGUCAGAAGCCACCCAUGUCCGCCUGGGAUAACAACUCCCUGCGCCUUGGUGGCGGCUGGGGAGCUUCUGACUCCAGAUACACACCAGGUUCUACUUGGAGUGAUAGCAGCUCAGGGAGAAUAACAAAUUGGCUAGUUUUGAAAAACCUAACACCUCAAAUUGAUGGCUCCACCCUGCGUACGCUGUGUAUGCAGCAUGGCCCUCUGAUUACAUUCCACCUGAACCUGCCCCACGGUACUGCCCUGGUCCGUUACAGUUCCAAGGAAGAGGUAGUAAAGGCACAAAAGUCUCUGCACAUGUGUGUUUUAGGGAACACUACUAUCCUUGCCGAGUUUGCCAGUGAAGAGGAGAUAAGUCGUUUCUUUGCACAAGGCCAGUCCAUGACCCCUUCCCCUGGCUGGCAGUCCAUGGGAUCUGGUCACAACCGGCUAGGAUCUAUGGAUAGCCCUCAUAGCAUCUCAAACCGCGGAGAUUUCAAUCACUGGAACAGCCCAGGUGCUUCUGGCUCUAGCUCUGGAGACAUCCAUGGCACUUCUCUCUGGGGCACCCCAAACUAUUCCACAAGCCUGUGGGGCACCUCAGGCAACGAGGGAAGGAAUUUGGGAAGCCCGUCGUCGGUCAGCGGUUUCCUCCCCAUCGAUCACUUAAAUGGAGAGCCCAUGUAGCCUAGUCACCCCAUGACCUCAGAUGAUUGUUAAUAAUCAGCCUUUGCCUGGCUGGACUCUCGGUCGAAACGUCUGCAGGGCCUCCCUGCAGCCAGCUCUUCUGCACACUUCCCACUUUUUUUUUUCGUUUUUUUUUUUUUUUUGCCCAAAACAUAUCAGUUUUAAAUACUUGAAUCAUGCAGGCCAAUAUUAUAAUGUGAAAUAGAGGAAAGAAAAAAAAAUCUAUAUUUACACUUCCACAUUAGUGCUAUUCAUAUUAGAACUACGUACAAUGAGCUGUUCCUUCGUUUUUGAAUUCCAGUUUAUGUCCUUUCUCUGGGUUUGUACUUCCAAGCUAGCAACCCCAUACCCCCGUCCCUAUGUUUGCCUAAGUUGCACUGAAAGGUGCGUCAAAAACACUUAUUUUACAGCUCAAGUGUAACUGUUUACUCUAGCGUGUACUUAAAAAAACAAACAAAAAAAAAAAAAGUGAUUUAAUGCUUGUCAUUUCUAAGAUGCCUUGAUAUACCUACCUUAUUGUGGUAUUACAUAGUUUUAACUGGUUUCCAUCUCUAGCGCGAAGCACGGUAAUCCAUUGCAGAGCAAUGGCGCUCACCGGCGCUUUCAUCGCUGCAAAAGGAGUCAAGUGAAACGACAGUUAAAACUUGCAUUUUUAAAUAAAAAAAAUAAAAAAUAGAAAGUAUUGCACCAGGUUUUCAUGACUAAACCUAUUAGAAUUUAGCUCUACGGUUUUAAUAAAAAAAAUAUAUAUGUGAUUAAAAAAAAAAUGUAAAAAAAAAUUAAAAAGCAACAUAAAAAAAAAAAAAAUAGUGGCCACAGCUGUGACAUACACCCUACAUGUGCCAGUAGGGGGCAGCACUUUCAGAGGCUUUGCAUUUGUUUAGAGGGACCUUACCUGGAACCUCUUGUUUACAAUGUUUUUUUUUGUUUUUUUUGUUCGUCUUUGCCUUCCCUGUCUGGAGGGUCUUGUUUUUUGGGGGGAGGGAUUUUUGUUCCAAAUAAAUGUUUACUCUUCCAUCGGUUUAAAAAAAAAAAAAAAAACAGCAAAAAUUGUGCUGAGGAUGCUUUUAACUCUGGGAGUCAACAGUGUUUAGUCAUUUUUUUUUUUUUUUCCUUUUGUGUGAUGCUUAACUCUUAAUCAAAAUGGAGGGGGAAAAAAAAAGACUGGCUCUCAGGAAUAAUAUGUAUACUACGAAAGGUAACUCUUCCCUUCAUCCCCAGUAAGAAAAAUCACUAUAUAAUGCAACUUUUUUUUUUUUUCGAAGAGCACUAACUGUGCUAAUUCUCAAAGACUCUGCCAAAAAAUCCCCCUUUAAAAGCUUUCUAAAGCCAAGUUUUGUCAGCUUUUUACUUUUAGCGAGUAGUCUUGAGAUUUGCUGAUAUCAACCCAGUUGAUUUUUUAUUUUUUUUUGUUACUUUAAGUGGCUCAGUGUCUUUACUUUUUGUGACAGUGUUUUAUUCAUGUUCUGCAAUGUCUGUUUUUUUUUUCCUUAAGCUGAUUAUUUAGUAACUAUGCACAUUUAUGCACAUUGUAACCAAGUACUGGGCUGAUUGAUUGUGUGUUGUAAAAAGAAAAAAAAGAAAAAAAAAAGUGUUUGUUUAGAAGUGAAUGAUUGCAAAUACUUAAUAACAAAGGAACAAGUUACAUUAUUAUUA